AUGGGUGAUCAGCCGGAUGAGAUUAGGCUCAAGCCAACCAAGGACGGCUCUUUUAUUCGGCCUGACAGUGCCUUUCGCAGUUUCGUAUCAAAAGACCCAGAUUCUCAAUUUCCGGCUGAGAAAGAUCGCUACGUUCUCUAUCUCAGCCCAGGAUGCCCAUGGUCUCAUCGCGCCAUGAUCGUGAGGAACCUCAAGAAACUCGAGGAUAUAAUAGACUUAUACAUCUGCUCUCUUACUAUGGGAAAAGAUGGUUGGUUCUUCGAUGAUAGCCCAGAAGCUGGCAAGUAUGGUGUGCUCCCCAAGGAUCCACUAUAUGGACUCGACACGUUGAAGCAACUAUAUCUCAAGGCCAACCCAAAUUAUGAGGGCCGAUACACCGUGCCCGUACUCUGGGAUAAAGAGACACACACCAUGGUGAGCAAUGAGUCGAGCGAUAUCAUUCGGACGCUAUACACGGAAUUCUACCACCUUCUUCCUGAUGAAGAUCGUGAAAUCAACAGACCUGGAGGUGGGUUCUACCCCGAUGGCUUGCGCGAGAAGAUUGAUGAAAUCAAUGAAUGGGUUUACCAUACUGUCAAUAAUGGUGUCUACAAGAGUGGCUUCGCUAUGACUCAAGCUGCAUAUGAAGAAAACGUUGAAAAGGUUUUCAAGUCACUCGAUCGACUGGAGAGAAUCCUUGACGAAGGCCCCUUUCUUCUCGGCAAGCACAUCACCGAGGCUGACAUCCGUUUGUUCCCAACUAUUCUCCGUUUUGACGUUGGGUAUGUCCCUAUUUUCAUGUGCAACCUUGGAACCAUCAGGGAUCACUAUCCGAACUUGCAUCUUUGGCUGAGGAGGCUUUACUGGGACACUAGCUUCAGAACUCAUGGCGCGUUUCGAAAGACUUCUGAGACUUGGCUUGAGAAGUACAAGACUGGUUACGCGAAUGCUAGACGAAGGGUUCUUGGUAUGACUGGCCCGGAUAUUGUUCCCAAGGGGCCCCUAGUUUUGAUCCACGAGUUGGAGGAGGGAGAGAGGCUCUAG